GAAACAUCGAUGUUUUUUCGCCACAAUCGAUGUUUUUGUCACAUCACAAUUUUUUUUUUUUUAUUGAUCCCCGCUUCAAAAAAGACAGGUUUGAAUCACCCUACAAUGCUGAGCAAGCGGCUAAAGCUUUGGAGCAGGAACUCCAUAGUAUAAUCUAGAAAUCUCCAAUGGAAAAAUCAACACCGCCGAUGGAGCCUACACCACCAGUUGAACACGGCCCCUCCAAGGCUUUUUCAUUCCUUGAUUCUAAAUUAAAAGCGAAGAUAAAUUCACCGCGAGCCGACGCUGUGAUCCUACUAAGACAACAUCUCGAAACCCAAAACGUGCCGGAAACAUGCGACCCACUAAAAUAUUGGAAGGUGAAUCACGGUGGACGGAAGUCCACGAGACAAGAGCAGACAUAUACGAAUCGCUGCAACAGGUUGCACUUAAAUACUUCUGUGUACCAGGAACAUCCUGUGUGUCCGAAAGGAGCUUCAGCAAAGCUGGACAGAUAGUGUCGGAUCGGCGCACUAGGCUCAAGCCUGGUGUAGUGGACAAGUUAAUGUUUAUUAAAAAAAAUUAAGAUAUUUUUUCUUAAUUAAUCGUACCAAAAUGUGAAUAUGAUGAUCUCUUAGGAUUCGGAUGAUCUUUUUUUUUUAUUUAAUUGCGAAUAAAGCCUUUGUUUCUUUGUUGUAA